AUGAAAAAACCAACUAAAGAAUCAAACUCAAAUUGUAGCUCUCUAAUUAGCAAAUCCAAUCAUUUUCUACGUAGAGAAUCAUCAUCAUCAUCAUCUUCAUGCUCUCUUUCUUCAUCGAAACUUUCGAUCUACCUAGUCGCCGUUUUCGUCGUAAUAUUCACCCUCUUCCAAAUCCAAUCUCUCCAAAUUCCACCAUCAUGGUCUCUCAUGCACGAAAAAAUCGUCACCAAUUACUCGUUCCUUUCGAAUUCUUCUUGCCACAUCACCACUCAAGAGGAUGAGAUUGUAAAAUCCAUGACCUCGAAGCUCCGCGAAUCUGUCACUUUUCUCCCUCUAAAGGAUCUCCGAUACGCCAACGCCGCCAUGAAAGGCCACACGUGGUUCAUGAGCUCCAUGCAAGACACGCACGAGCAAGGCGGUGUCCAAUACCAGCAUUUUCCGUCGGAGGCCUCCGGCGGUAGGGUUUUGUGCCUCAAGGGCCGCGACAGACGAGAUGGGGCCCGCAACUUGUACGCGCUCGCCUGGCCCGAAACCCUACCCCGGAACUCCACCCUGGCGAAAGGCAUUACGUUCAUUUCGUACAACCACUACGACUACCACAACAUAUGGCAUGGAUUGUCGGCCAUGAUGCCCUUCGUCGCCUGGCACAUCCGGAGCCAGUGCGCGGGGCCCACGAGAUGGAUUUUGUACCACUGGGGCGAGCUGAGGACUAGUAUGGCGCCGUGGGUGAGGACUAUGCUAGAGGCGACGUUCGGCCGUGGGCCCCUCGAUAUCGAAGAUUUCGAUCGCGAUGGAUCGGACGGUGGUGGUGGUGGUGGUGAUCGGGCGGUGACUUGCUUUGAGGAGGCGGUUGUGAUGAGGCACAACGAGGGUGGGAUGUCGAAGGAGAAGAGAAUGGAGGUGUAUGAUCUGAUGAGGUGCCGAUCUAGGGUUUAUUGUGGGGUUAAGCCACGUGGUGGUGGAUCGAGUAUCGGGAUGACGAUGUUGAUGAGGGACGGCGCGAGAUCGUUCAAGAAUGCAUCGGCGGUGAUUAGGGUUUUCGAGAAGGAGUGUCGGAAAGUUGAGGGGUGCCGGCUCAUGGUGGCUUAUCCACAUAACUUGACAUUUUGUGAGCAGGUGAAGCUGAUGAGUUUAACAGAUAUUAUGGUAUCCCCACAUGGAGCACAGCUCACCAACAUGUUCCUCAUGGACAGAAACAGCAGCGUGAUGGAGUUUUUCCCCAAGGGUUGGCUCGAACUCGCCGGAGUCGGGCAGUACGUCUACCACUGGCUCGCCGCCUGGUCAGGGAUGAGACACGAGGGGGCUUGGCGGGACCCCACCGGAGACCACUGCCCCUUCCCGGAGAAUGACCGCCGGUGCAUGUCGGUUUUCAAGAACGGCCGAAUCGGACACGACGAGACCUACUUUUCCGAGUGGGCCAGAAGAGUUCUCGGCGAGGUGAAGCGGAGGACGUCGGUGCGAAGUGUUUCCGGUCUUUGCGGUUGCAACUAG